GGCGACAAGGAGGACGGAGAGGCGGAAAAGGUGGUGGUGGUGGUCCGUGAGGGAGGGACAGGAGUUGGUGACCAUAGCCGCACUGGGAAGAGGAGCACGUCGUGCAACGUGGCGCCACGUGGCACAACGUGGGGCAAAGGGGAGUGGCGUCACCUUGUCUACCUUGUAGGCAGAGAGGAGGGGCUUGGCGCGCAGUGGCCUAGCAAGCAACUGCUAUGGCGGCGGGCGCGGCCACGGCCAUGGCUGCUGCGGCGGCGGCGGCGGCGCCAGCUUGCGUCGGCGGUGCCAUCCGCGCCGUCACUGCCUCGUCUUCGUCGUCUUCCUUCUCCUCUUCUACCUCACGUCUGCUGCCAGCUGGAAAAUGCGCGGGAAAUAGAAGAUGCUCACUGCUCUUUCCCAUCUGGAAAAGCGCGGGAAAUAGAAAGUGCUCCUCUUGCCAAGGGUUUUCUCCAAGCACAGUGACGAGAGCUCCAAGGGCGUCAGCACUCGACAACGAGAAUCAGCCUCAAUCGGUACCGUCAGCAGCAUCCACGGCCCCAGAGACACUCCUCAAGUCAUUGUCGUUAGCUGUGCCUGAAGGCAAGGUUGAGAGAGACGUCAGCACAAAGGCUGUUGCAGAUGAAGCCGCCGAAGGGGGAGUUGCUGAGGGCGGAGAAAGCGAGGGUAGCGAGCCGACGAUUGCGUCGUUGCCAAGGCAGUCGGACAUCGACAAGAAACUGAAGAAGAAAGCCGAGUUGAGGAGAAAAAGGUUGAAGCGCAAGCGUAUGCUUCGUAAGAAAGGACGCUGGCCGCCAUCGAAGAUGGCGAAGCUGAAGAAUGUGUAGGAAUGUGUUCUGCAUUCACACUCCCUUCUCCCAUUUGCUUGGUGCGGCGGCCAACACAAACAGUGCAAAGGAACAGUUCAUUUUGGUAGUGCGGCGGUCAGAAGCCAACAACGAUAACUCGUUGCUCCUUGCUUCGUAUCAGGUCGGGUCUGAUUGUGGUCUGUCGCACCCUCCUUUUGUUUCUGUUUAUGUAAACCCUUUUGCAUUUACAUUCCUUUGCAGUCGCGUGAACUUCCUUUGCAAUGCAUACUGUCUGUUGCAACAGGGGUGCUCGGUGGCAAGCAAUUUCGCAUAGGUGCAAUUCAGUACCACAAGCGGUUUGUGUGUGUGCCUGCCUGCCUGCGCGCGCCCUGCUGUGCGAGCAGCGAGCCAUGGCGUGGUUCAACAGACAGUAGGUUACCUGGGGGGAAAAAAUCAUGUAAGGGGCUGUCUGUCUGCAUUGCGAAUCCUGGGAAAGGGUCAAUGCAUCUGAAUGCACCUCUGAUGAAUAGUGUUUCUUUCAAAAGCGUCCAUUUUCUUUGGGCUUUAGAGGGGGAGUAUAGUUGUCAUAACGUAUGAUCGACUGAGCGGCUAGGAGAGGGGGAGAGGGUGAACUGUGUAAGAGGAGAGGAGGAGGGGGGGAAGGAGGGGAAGGGGGAGGAAUGAAGGAAGGAAGGGAGGAAGCGACUGGAGAGAGGAAGGAAAUGAUUUGAGAGAGGGAGAAAAAAAAACAGGAAGUUGAGAAAGGAGGGAGGGCGGGAGGGGGGUGACGAGCAAGGAGGCUUCUGUGCAGGUGGUGAUUUUGUAGAGCUUUUUCGCUUUUGGAAAACAGCUGCUAUGUGUGGGUUGAAGAGAUCAACAACUUCGUAUUUUUAUGUUUGUGGCUCAAGAAAAUCUGGCAUAGAACUUAGGGAAACCACAUUGGUUACAGAGGUGACAGUUUUCCAUGUCUUUUGUCCUCACUGAAAGUCCAUGGGGUCCUGAUUGAUUGACUGGUCGUGAUGUGACUUCACUGCAAGGAGAGUGU